AGCAAGGACAGAAAUAGAGCCAUAAAGCAGUGAAUUAGCAAGCGCGCAAGAGAGAGAGCGGGACGGAGAGGGAGAAAGAGAGAGAGGCAGAGAGAGAGAGAGAGAGAGAGAGAGAGAGAGAGAGAGAGAGAGAGAGAGAGAGAGAGAGAGAGAGAGAGAGAGAGAGAGAGAGAGAGAGAGAGAGAGAGAGAGAGAGAGAGAGAGAGAGAGAGAGAUUUCAGUGUGAUAGUGACGCGCGCCGCCUAGGUUUUCGUCUCCUUUCCCACGAGCGCGCUUGUUUUCGUCUUCCAUCUCAUCCUGCCCGCCUCCGUCUCCUGGUCCGCAGCGCCGUGCCCGUCACCCCCCCAUGGAGCGCCGGGUCUCGCUGAGCCGAUCUGGAUCCGUGCGCCGCUGGACCUCCUGGGGGCUCUGGGGGAGGAGGGAACGGGAGGAGGGGGAUGCAGAUGCGGGCCUGUGAUGAACGCUGGACCCACCGACCUCCGCAGCUCCCCUGCUGACGGGACGGCUCAGCAGGUGACCCAGAUAGCGUAGACCGGACCUCAGGCUAAGGAAACCCCAGUCCUCCGCUCCGCCCCCCCCCCCCCCCCCUUAACGAGACCUAAAUGUUGUGAGGACCACAGGACUACCACAACUACCACUUAGUCCCACUACACUAGGACCCAUCUCCGUGGAAAUCUGACGGCACACCUCACACAUCAAAUCCCUGGCCGUCAAACAAACAACAGCAUCUGGCCGCCGAGGACAGCAGAGAGGGAGAAGGGGGGAGAGAGAGUGGAGGGAGAGGAGUCUCUGAGGGCCAGGCGGCAGAUGGUGACGCUGCAGCGACACUUCUCCAGCAUGGAGGAGGCGGUGAGGACGCUGUUGCAGAACCCGGACUCGCUAGAAGGCCCUAAAGUGGACCCGCUGGACCUCAUGAAGGCAUAUAAGGACAAGCUCCUGGAGGAGAUGUGGAAGCAGCAGGACAGUCUGGAAGCCCCCCCCGCCCCGGCCCACCGGCCCGCCCCACCGCAGCCGGCCAGCGGGGUGCCGGAGGAGGAGAAGGAGCCUAAUGACAGCAGACCCCUGGUGGAGAGGCUCCGAGCUCUGGAGGCAGAGAACUCUGCUCUGUCCCUGGAGAACGACAACCAGAGGAGGCAGUAUGAGCACUGUCUGGAUGAGGUGGCUAAUCAGGUAGUCCAGGCUCUCCUCACACAGAAGGAUUUAAAGGAGGAGUGCGUGAAGCUGCGAACUCGCGUGUUCGACCUGGAGCAGCAAAACCGCAUUCUCAGCGUUCUGUUCCAGCAGCGAGUCAAGAUGUCCACCAACACUAACCCCCAGGAGGUCCAGAAGAACGGGAAGUCAGGCGUUGCUUCCGGGAGAUGGCCCAGCCUGCUCAGCCUCACCUGCCCUCGCAGCAGCUGUAGUGGCAGUGAGCUGUCCUUAUCCAGCACCUGCAGCGAGUACUCCAGUGGAUCCCACACCUGGGCAGAGGGUCGCGGCUCGUCCAAACAGUCCGCCACGAGCCGAGAGAAGAGGAUGAGUGCCGGGUCGGUGUCGAGCCACCCCUCUGCAGAGCCGGAGCCCGCCGAGCUGGGCUGGAAGGAGGGCCAUAUCCUCAAGGGUCUUAAGAGGCUCCAAACGCGCAGUCCCAAUAGACUGUCCCCCCCUGCAUCCGCGCCGCAUUACAAGGACUGCAUGACCUCCAACGAGGGGAUAUACUGCCUCGGUGCCAGGUCUGGUGCACAGGCGCUGGAUCCUAAACAGGCGGAUGUAAAACCAGGGACACCUUUAUUCAAAACGGAAGCAGCGGUUGCUACUCUGAUUUCAGACUCUGAUGAAGGUGAUGAGGAAUCCCCAAAGUCUGUCAAGGAAUCUUGUGGUGAGUCCACAGAAGAUUCUCAUUGCCUGGAGGACACCAGUUCUACUGUUUUGGGCGACACAGAAACUGAUGGUCAUUUACAAGAGGACCCUAUGAAGCCUCAAGGAAAUCCUGGCCAGUUCCUUUCACCGGUCCCUGAUGAGUUCCUCUUGGAAGGUCCCACAGUGAAACCGGGUGUUAGCCCAACAGAGAGUCCAAAUCACCUGGAUGCUGAUGAGGAGGAGCCAUCAAGCCUGAAGAAACAAAAUGACAGAAAUAACAACCAAGAAAAAACAGCUGACCGCAAAUCCAGACUGGAUUAUGUCAAAAAGCAACAUGACAGGCUGGUUUCAAAGCAACAUGAGAAGGGAACCACCAAUAUGACCUCCUCUAUCCACAAUGCCGCCAAACGAGCUCUAGACAGUGCAGAUGAAGCCAGGCAGCGCAGCUCCUCAAUGGACACCCCUCAUGUCAGAGACCAGGCGAGUCAGGCUGGUGGGGACAGCCAUGACCUUGCCAUUUUGGAAUCCUUGCAGAAGAAACUAAAACCUCAGGCCUGUGACUCGGCGCGUAAAGCAUUCAUUCUCCGGAGCAAGAGUGCAGACGGAGGAUCAGACCAGACAAAGCAGUUGCAUUCUCCUCUUCACCAGAAACUAUUUCAAGCUCAGAAGUCUAAACCACAGCCAAACCCUCCUGGACAGAGUGCUGUUGGCCCUAGAUCCAGCCUUGGCAAGCCCCCUGGUUCAUGCAAAGGGGCGUUUACCAAAGUGGAGCGAGGUGAUGGGGCUGCUGGGAGCAGCCCUUCAGGACUCAUUGAGAGUGUGGCGCCACCGUCUCCGCUCUCUCCCCAAAUGAACCAUGGCAAGGGGUUCAAGUCAGCUGUAACCCUUGACUGCCCCAAGAGCCCAAACAAAGCUCCUGCCCAAAUUUCUAAGCUUAUAUCAAAUAAUGAUUCUGGGCCAGAAGACACAGACUCCUCCAACAUCCCGUGCACUUCACUGAAACACCGACACCAGGAGACCCAAGCUGAAGCUUCCCACUCUGAACUUCGGUCUCCAUCGCCACCACCUCCACCAGGUAGAAGCACAUCGCUACUUGUUAGAUCCAGCCUGGAACCUUCAUCCAAAACCCCAAAAUCUGGUGGUCAAUCUCCGGCCACUACAACUGGGAAGGCAAAAGUCUGCAGUGCAAAGUCGCCUCAAGGAUCCAACACACCAGAUGUAACUAAAUCUCCUAAACAUUCCCAUGUCAAUGUAAUGACUCCCAAGUCGACCCGGACACCAGCCGCCGCCUCUGUCCCCGUUCAAGAAUCAUGUGCUUCUGAGUGUGUUCAGCCGUCUAUGACAAUGAGUAGCCAUGAUGAAAAUGGUGCUUCCUCUGCAGUACUAGAUCAAGGUGUCAUACCAGGGGAACCCAUCUUUUCCGAAGUAAUGCCUCAGACCCCCUACAAUAUUCAUGGCCAUGGGUCUGCUACAAGUGCACAUAAUCUCAACUCAAGAGCUGCACUGAUAACCCUUCCUGGAAAUGCUAAAUCGAUAGAGGUCAUUCCAGGACAAGGGAACAGUACAUUUCUGGUAUUGGGGAGACAUAACAAACCUGCCCUUUCUGCAAAAAGAUUCCAGUCCUUUGAGACAUUUAGUCAGGAACCCCAUACUUAUCAGAUAAUACAUGGGGUGCACGAGGUCGGCGCGAAAGAGAAAAUCAACCGAAAGAUUGAGACUCGCUGCAGCUCCUUGGACUCUGAGCCGGCGGUCCAACCCGUGGCAGCAGACAGUGGCGUGAUGUUAGACUGGGGGUUUGACGAGGAGGGCUGGCUUUUCAAACGCUCCGUGUCUGUAUCAACCAGGCCUCCUCUCAAGCCUGUCAUGGGUAUGACCGGGGCGAAGGCUCGUAGCCAGAGCUUUGGGGCGCGGUACAUGGACAGGCCGAACUCAAACAGAUCUGGUAAGAUCCGCACCCAGAUCAAAACCCAGUCGGGCAGCUCUCUGAACUCUCUGGGUGACGUCUUCUCUGGAAGUCUAAGCUGCUCCAGCAGCUACCAUUGUCCCAUGAACCGGUCGCUACUGAACAACUUCCUCAUCGAGGAAGGACUGCCGGUACCUUCGCACCUGGCAUCGUCCAGCGAGAGACUUCAGAGUCUGAAGCUGCAGCGCGAGCAGGCCCGGCGACUACAGAUAGAGCAGCAGUUCUCCAGCGCAUUUGGGGAGCCCGUUUCAGAAGAGCCUGAGAGUCAAAACGCCAUAACCACUAUUGAGGAAAAGGUAAUGCUCGGAAUAGAGGAGAAUCUACACAAAUCUCAGGAACAGGAGAAGAAUAACGAUGCCAAACAAAAGUCUGGAUCCAGCUUGGCCAACUGGUUUGGCUUCCGAAAGAGCAAACUUCCGGCUCCCAGUGGGAAGAAAAUGGAUGUGUCUAAAGUGAAGGAAGAGAAGAAGGAGCAGAAGAUAACGUCUCUCCUGGGAGGGAAACAGACCAAGUCUGACAAAAAGAAAGAGAGGAGGAAAAGUGAUGGAAAGGACUGCUCCGUAGGUAGGAGGGAGUCCCACGACGCGGUGCGGGCCUGCAUCCCAACCGCCUGCCCGGGAGCCGCCCUUGUCCCUGACAUGCAGGGACACGCUGACCCGGGCCCCGCCGACCCCAAGACCCAGGUGAUGACCCAGAGAACCGACCGGGAGAACGGAUUAUCUGUCACAUGCCCCGCCCAGGACGCAGUCAUUGGCUCCACCAGUAGGAUGCGGACCCUGGACAGCGGCAUCGGCACCAUCCCGCUGCCAGAGUCCUGCUCCUUCUUCUCCUCCCUCCUGCACCUCCUCCCCAGGUCCACGUCCUCCCCCGUCUCCCCCGUCUCCCCCGGCGCCCCCGGCUCCUCCUCCAGCGAGGAGGUGUCCGCAACCUCCCCGCUGCCCCGCUGGAAGGUCCCGAGCGGGGUCCUGGGGGCCGGCGGCGGGGGGGGGGGGCUCCCCGGCUCCCUGUCCGACUCCUCCGUCGCCCUGGUGCGGUCCGUGCCUUUCCCCUCUGUGGCCUGCCCCCCGCCCCGCCCCCCCCAGCCCCCCCCCAGUGUGUACGAGUCCCACAGCCGGCUGCCCCGCCCCUCUCCAGGUGGGGUGGAACCAAAGAAGAAGUUUAUCAAAUCGAAGACCAGACCCACGUCAGGCCAGCAGAAGGAACAGACAAGACUUCAGCUGGCAAACUGAGACAGAACCGUCUCAUUAUAAACCAGAUUUACUAAAGAGCAGAACCAGGUAGAACCUCAGAGAACCUGGAGUGGAAAAGAAAGGCAAACCAGUACCAAAACCAGUACCACCAGGGAUCCAAACACAGCAUCAUUGAACAGGAGUGUGUGAACUCUUGAGAAUCCACCAAACUGGGUCAGGACAGUAAUGGAGACAUGAUAGAACCAUUGAUCCCUGUGUAGAACACAUCCUCAUAAUGUACUCCUUCACUAGUGCUUGAAUAGAAAUACAUAUACAGUAUUUAUAAAAUAAACUAGGUAUUCUAGUUCCGCUCGUACUUUGAGAAUCAGAGCUGUCAAACGACAAUGACAUCGUGCACUAUCUUCAUCACACUUUGUUUCCUUCCUCUUUUUUUUACUAUGCUAAUAACUUGCAUGUGAUGAUUUUCAACAGCUUUUCGUCAUUAUAUUGAGAAAAAAAAGACAGUUAUCAAGUUGGGAGAAAGAUGUUGCAAGAUAUUACUCAGUGUGCACAUUUUAGUAUGAUACGGGUAAAAAAUUAUAUUAUUUUCAAAUCGUAUCAAGUUUCUAAUAUUACUGUAAUCAUGUGUAAGUCCGUAACUGUAAGUGUUUACAAAAGACAAAACUUCACCAAUGGAACCUGUAUUCUAUUUUUAAUAUAUAAUAUACUUCUACUAUUACUGCUUCUAUGUUGAGACGUAUUUCACAGUUAUGACAUCAAGACAGUGAGGGACAAAGCAUGUAAACCUCCUCGUACGCGUUGGAGGCACAGAGUGCUUAUUGAUGAGCUCAGGGAACCCGCCAUGUAUUGUUCUGCGAUGUCUUGAUAGACGCUGUGUGUGUGGACAACGUCCAAAAACGGUACAGUUUCGAACCUCGUUGAACACGUUGUUAGUUAGUUCAACAGUGUAUUCAUCUUCCGGUUCUAUAUUGUUUCUCUAGCCUCUUGUUGUGUGUGCAGAGUCGUGUAAGAUAUGAAGCACUUCUGCGUUUAAUGUGAGCCCUGUUCUUUAUAUUUAUGUAUUAACGCGUUGGUAAUGCUCCCCGAUAUGUUGGCGGUUUUCUCUAGCUCUUAUAGGAUAGCUUUCCUCUCUCCCUUCCUUGUUGAUAUCUAUGCCUUUCAUGUGCGUAAUUGCCAAACUAAAUUGCCAAACACAGAAUAUCACUUUAAACGGCCAACGCUGUACUAAAUGCAGAAAUCAGAUCGAUUCAUGAUGAUGAUGAAUUUAGCCAUAGUCUCUUUGAAAACACUCUCCUACAACAUUGACAUCGCUAUUACUCUAAUGAUCGUCUCUGAUCUUGCACUGAUGUCCCACUAUAUUAUCACACAUAUCCGACUUACAGGGUAGUAGUUUGAACACUUGCUACCGACGCCUGUAAGAGUGCACUGAUGUUUGUUGCCAUAUGACCCCCCCCCCUCCCACCCACACACACACAGGUGUAGCACAUAUUCAGACAUAUACAAUGUGUUGGUGGAUCAGGGGCGGGACCUGAGGCAGACCGCUGGCGAUGGCAUGGCUGAUUAGUUUUGAUAUGAUUCAUACACUGAACAGCAUAUCACAUUCACAGGAGUAUUGUAUUUUUCUAGACUGUAUUUGUACUCCACACGGGUAAAAGACAGACCAUUCUUGCACAUGAUUGGUUGAUUGGUUGUUCACUAUUAAUAAUAUCCUCACUGGGUUGUUGUUAUAUUUUUUAUAACCGCGUUCGUAGUGAUUUUUGCUGUGUGACAAUCUCCUUAGUAGACCUAUUCAUUCAUGAAUAUUGUGUAGCACUUACAUUCUUUGUUUAAUGUUUGAAAAAGAACAAAAAAUAAAACUCUUUAAAUACUUCUGCAA